CAAUUAGCUACGUCAUUAUAAUUAUUAUAUCAACGAGCUUCUCGCUAACAUAACGUUAGCUAACUGAUGUCAAAAUGUCAACAUUUGGAGCCAGUGAAGAUGGAGUACAGGAGAAGCCUAGGUUUUCAUUAACCAAGGCGGUGCAGGAUGUCAGUAAACACGGCUAUGCCCAGACUGAGACCCUGAAAGACAAGCAGAAGACACUCAUCUCCCUGCAGGCAACUCUUUCAGGGGUUGAGAAGAAGGGCGAGAUGUUAGAGAAGGAUCUAAGAUCUAAAACCAGGGAAUUCCUAAUGCUGGAGGGUGAGAUGGAGCACCUGGAGUGGCAGACAAAAGUCCUGCAUCAGCGCUAUGCAUCCAUCAGCAAGGAAAUAACAGAUAUCCACAUUGGUACAAGUGAGGAGGAGGAGAACGCUUGCGUGGCACUGGCGAGAUUCAACACUUACCGAAGCAAGAUGGAGGGUCACAGAGCAGCUGUUCUGCAUGCGGCGAGCCAGACGGAGGCCCACAGAGAGCUGGAGGAGAAGAGAGCGCUUGUCCAGAUGCUGCGAGAGAAGAAAGAGGCGCUGAAGGCAGAUUUGGAUAAUCCGAACGGGAACACAGUGCAGAUGGCAAAGAGUGAGAAUGAAACUCUGAAGAGGGAGAUCUCUGUGAUGAGGGAGUCUAUAGCUGCGAAGAAAGAGCAAGUGCGAAAAGAGUUUUUAACUCAUACCCAGAUAAAGAAAGACAUAGAGAUCCAGAACAAGCGCUAUGAAGCCAUUGUGAAGCGUCUCCACUGCCAACUGAGCAGGGCCCAGGCUGUGCACAGGCAAAUGUCUGAGGAGGUUUACCACAUGGAGAGAAAGCUAGCGGAGCUUAAAGGGCAGCGGGGGUCAUCUCAGGACUCAGCGCAGCGGCAAAAAUAGACGGGGUUAAUCCACGCGUGAUCCCUCGGCCUCCGAGAACAUCCUGUCUCCGCGGCGGCGAGCUUGAAGAAAACACGUUUUGUCAAUGAAACAGGAUUUGCGAAAGUGCCAUCUGGACAUGGGCUCCGUCUCCACAACAAGUCUGAUCCACGGAGGUCGAGGGGUGAGGCUGACCCCAGGGAGGAGGGAGGAGCACAGGGAGGGCAGGUGGAGUCCCUGGGAAUAGAUAUACAUUCAAUCAAAGAGCUCAUUUAAUUAGAUUCUCUACCAGGACACCAAACUCUGUCCUUUGUGUGAAAUGUGCAUACGGACUUCAAUCAGUACAUGUUACAUUUGCAGAUCUGUUAUUAGAAUCUUUGCUCAAAGAGGCAAUGGUUGUUGGAAUACAUCUUCACACCCUAUUGUAUAGUGUUAUUGGAAAAGGUCAUUUUAAAAUACAUUAAAACUGGUUUAAAUGUUAUUAUUAAGGCUUUGAAAGAUAGCUAGAACUCCAGAUGUUAUCUACUGGAGGAAGACAAUACAAUAAAUGCCAUUUUGUAUUUAUAGAAGUCCUUUUUGUUCCUAUUUGUACAUUAAAUUAAACAA